UUGUUUCUCUUCCGCUCUCGAGACAGCACACUUCACAACACUCCCUCCUUUGAUGACAUUAUAAUGAAACUACGAGUACCCGCUGCCGCUGGUACUGUGCCGAUACUCGCCGUCUUUCUUGCUACCGCUUCCUCUCUGUUUCGUCGCGUUGCUGCUAGUCCCUCUACCAGUUUUUCUCCUCAAGUUGCCAUGGUGUCAUCAUCACCGUCCCCAAUAACAACAACAACUCGCACGGAAUCUUCUGGGGCUGAUACCCCCAAUUACCAACCCGUACAUCUGUACCCGUACUCCACAAAUCUGCCGGAUCUCAAGGCCACUGACGACUAUUCUACGCUGAAACGGAUACACAUCGUCCGGCAUGCCGAAGGUACUCACAAUGUCAAUAAAGAAUACAGUGACAUGGUCAACCUGGAUGCACGUCUCACCGAAAAGGGCAAGGAACAGUGCCAACGACUGGCGCAAAAGCUGCAAGACGCAUCACCCUCCAGCGCACUGGGACAACUCCUGAAGAACACCGAACUGGUGGUGACGUCCCCACUGACACGAUGUCUCCAAACAGCAAUGCUCUCCUUUCCCACACUGACUGACGAUAACGAAAAAGUCCUCUUUGUGGCUCAUGAAUCCAUACGGGAAACCGUCAACUACGCAUGUGAUCGUCGACGACCCAUUUCCGAAUUGGAAAAGCACUUUCGCGAUCGAGUGGAUUUUGGGGAAAUCGAACAGGAUCAUGAUGAAAUAUGGGAGAGCUAUGUGAGACGGUCACAACAAUUAUUGGACAAGCCGAAAGAGAGUGCCGAGUUGCACGUGGUGGCGGAUCGAGCGCGAGAUUUCUUUCAAUGGGCCAAACUGCGACCGGAGCGGGAAAUGAUAGUCUGUACUCAUUCGGCAUUUUUGCGGGCCUUUUUGAGCUGGGGGCAACCGGGAGGGGUGCUCUGGAUCAUGCCACAGACAUUGGACACACGCAAUCCAAAGCCGGCAACCGAAACACCUGUGGUUGCUUAUCAUGGUGAUGACGAUGGAUCUUUUGAAGCCGCUAUAAGGCAAGACUACGAGAACUGCGAACUACGGUCCUUUGUUGCAGCGUAUCCUAAAUAAUACACACAGCACCGUGAGUAUUAUUUGAAGAGUUGCAACGUGUUGCCAGUGGCAAUGAGAGAGCGCUUUUCGCUCCCGAUUCAGUCUCCUUUCAAUUGGAAAGUUCGCAGUGGAGUUCAACAGUAAUCUCUAGAAAACGCGUGAACGAACAAUGGCUUGCAUUGGGAUGCUUCUCAAAGUACUUUUGUGCAUCUCCAGGUAAAAUGGAUG